AUGGCCAUCGCGGAGGAAUUCAUCUUGACUCUCUCAUGCCCCGAUCAGGCGGGCAUCGUGCAUGCCGUGACCGGCUUCCUGGCCCAGCAUAAUCUGAACAUCGUGGAUUCACAACAGUUCGGCGACCCAACAUCACGGACAUUCUUCAUGCGAGUACACUUCGCCCCCGUGGAUGCGUCCAAUGAAGUCAACACAGCUCAGUUGCGGAACUCCUUCGAAGCCGUUGCCAAGCCAAUGUCCAUGGACUUCGAUCUCUCGUCAACUUCCCGGAAGCCCCGUGUUCUUAUCAUGGUGUCCAAGAUUGGGCACUGUCUCAAUGAUAUUUUGUUCCGCCAAUCGACCAACCAACUCCGGGUUGAGGUCCCUCUCAUUAUUUCCAACCAUCCCGAUUUUGCCCCGCUGGCGGAGACUUACAAGAUCCCAUUCCAUCAUCUCCCCGUAACGGCCGAGACCAAAGCUCAGCAAGAAACUCAGAUUCUUGACUUGGUCAAGGAGCAUAAUAUCGAUCUCAUCGUCCUGGCUCGAUAUAUGCAGGUUCUCUCGCCUACCCUUUGUUCGGCGAUGUCUGGAAAAAUCAUCAACAUCCAUCAUAGCUUCCUGCCCUCAUUCAAAGGUGCCAAGCCCUAUCACCAAGCAUAUGAUCGGGGUGUCAAGAUCAUUGGAGCGACAGCACACUUUGUUACAAGUGACCUUGACGAAGGGCCAAUUAUUGAGCAAAAUGUAGUCCGUGUCGGCCAUGGACUGAGUCCGAAGGAAUUGACUAUCGAAGGUUCCAAUGUAGAGAGUACCGUACUCUCUACUGCCGUACGAUGGGUCACGGAGAGAAGGGUACUAUUAAAUGGAGCGAAGACGGUGGUCUUCAAUUGA